UCCCGGACGUUCGGCACGUCGACGUGAGCAUCUAUGAGAAAAGCUACCCGUGAGGUGGUGGUAGUGGUCCCCGAAACAUGUCUUUUAUCCCCCGGGUUGACGCGCCGAGUACUACCGGGGAUGGGAGUCCCCCCGCCGCCUGAACCAGCGAUUUACUUCACUGCCGCGGGUCAACCGGAGCUUUAAACCACGCGGAAGAAACCGGGGCUCUCAGUCUAUCUAGUCGAGAGAAGAUGGCGGAGUUUUCGCCCGUCCUGCCGAUGCGGGAUGGAGGAGGACGUUUUAGCCAGCCCAUCUUCCCUCGGUCCAUGUCCGGUUCCGAGUCCGAGAGCGAGCUGUCCCAGAGCCUGGCCCGGACCAAGAUCCGCUCGUACGGGAGCACCGCGAGCGUCACGGCCUCGCUUGGGGAGCGAUACAUCGAGCAUCGGGUGACGGACAGUGAUACCCUGCAAGGGAUCGCUCUCAAAUACGGCGUGACGAUGGAGCAAAUCAAGAGGGCCAACAAGCUGUUCAGCAACGACUGCAUCUUUCUGAAGAACAGCCUCAGCAUCCCCGUGGCGUCGGAGAAGCGCUCCAUAUUUAACGGACUGUCCCUGGAGUCUCCCGACGGGGACGGCGAGGCCCCGUGCCAGGGUGCAGACAUCGAGGGGCCCUCGCCGCCCCCUUCCCCGCGCCCUGAGAACUCAAAACCCCCCCAGCCAGAGGAGCUGUCUGCCAAAGACUUCUUACACAGACUGGACUUGCAAAUCAAACAAUCCAAGCAGGCAGCACGCAGGCUGAAGGAAGAGGAAGUAAGGAACGAUAUGGAGGACUACACGGCCCCCACGACGUCAUAUCAGGAGAUAUAAAGGACCCGGGCGUUUUCCGCAGGCACACGCUCAAACAUACAAACAGUACCACGACGCUUUCUUUUACUUUACUCUUUACCGUUUUGCUUUUACCAUACCACGUUAAACAAAAAGUGUGAUGUUUGCCUUUUUUAUUUAUUGAUAUGCAACUAUUGGAUGUACAUGAUGGUUUACAGCUCGGAGGAGCGUUUGAUAUAAAUACCGUCCAAGGACACGUGCCCAUUAACUCAUCAUAUGCUGCUGAAGCUACUGUACAGAACCCACCUGCUGCAUAUGUUCUCACACACACACACACACACACACACACACACACACACACACACACACACAGAGCGCUAAGCAACUCCAGAGGGAUUAGCUUGUUAAAGUUGCUAACUGCUUCAGAUGUGCAAAAUCCCCUCCCCUCCUAUAAUAGUAUCACCGGAGAGUAUAUGCAGGCCUUCCUCAUCAAUGUUUACCCCGUACGAGCUCACCCCAAACCGAAGCGGCGGAUGGACUCGAGCCUUUGAACGCGUUCCCUUUUGCCUCAUACAAGCGUUGGUCUUUGGGGGGGAAACAGAAUGGACUGCUCUAUUUCUUUUUAAGUGUAAAUGCAUUAUUUAUGUGUGUGGAGAACUGUCUGUUACAGCUGUUUUAUUGUCCUUUUUAACAUUCAUUUGGUUUUAUUUGGAGAGAAUAAACGUGUAAGCAAACGAAACGGGAAGCUCCCGUGUGUUUUAA